GUAAAUGAUAAGAGAUUUGAUAGAAAGUAUCGCGUGUACAUAGUUUUGUAUAUAUAUUUAUAUGUAAUAUCUAAUCGAUGUCAUAAACUGACGUCUACAAUAUAUUUGUUCUGCUUGACUAUCGUCAUACAGCGAUAAUUUACAUCAAAGCUACAAAUUAAAGAGAAUACGCAAUUUUUCAAUUUGCUUGAAAUUAUCGAGCUAAACUUGUGGUAAAUUACCCACAAUAUAAAGAGAUCACUUCGUUUAUGGCUCUUUGAAACGAUCCGUUUUGAUUGUGUGUAGAUAUAUAAUAGACAGUAUCAUCAUAGCUUCUAAUCUCAUCGAAUGAUUCGUCAUAUUUACACAGAAAAAAGAAUAAAUUUUAUGAAUUUUUGCACAGCGUAAUAAUGCAUAAGAGCGAGAGUUAUUAUUAUACAGUAUUAUCGUGUGCAGGCAAGUGCAUAUCAAUAUGAGGAACACUUAUAUAUUCAUUUUGGUUUGUGAAACAACAUUUUUUUCCUAUUUUAAAUAGUACCUAUUUAUAUGUAGUGACUUGCGUUUACGAAUUAAUGAAUAGUAAUAAAAUAUACAAUUAAUCUACAAGGGAUUUUAUUUGCGCUUGCUGUAAAAGAAUUGACAAUAUGACUGCAGUAUUUGAAACUGCUGGUAAAAAGGAAGGUUUACAAAUAUGGAGAGUUGAAAACUUUAAGUUGGUGGAAAACUCCGAAGCAAUUCAUGGAAAUUUUUAUGUUGGAGAUUCAUACCUUUUGCUGAAGACGAUCAAAACCAGAAACGGGAAACUGCGAUGGGAUCUGCAUUUCUGGUUAGGAUCCGAAUCAAGCCAGGAUGAACGAGGAGCAGCAGCCAUAUUAACGUGUCAAAUGGACGAAUAUAUGGGAGGAGAUCCAGUGCAAUAUAGACAAUUACAAGGAUAUGAAAGUUCAGAGUUCAUGGCGAUGUUUAAUACUGGUGUAAAGUACAUGCAAGGUGGAGUUGAAUCUGGAUUCAAGCAGGUAAAAACAAACGUCAGUGAAUCGAAACGACUUCUUCAUGUCAAAGGUAGAAGAUCAGUUCGCGCGACAGAAGUUCCGAUGAAAUGGUCAAGCUUCAAUCACGGAGACAGUUUUAUUCUCGAUUAUGAAAAUAAUGUUUAUCAAUGGAACGGCAAAGAAUGCAACCAUUUUGAGAAACUGAAAGCUAACAACGUAGCACGCGCAAUAAUCAGCUACGAAAAAGGUGGCAAAGGCAAACUUAUUAAAAUAGAAGACGGAGAAAGAAUACCAACAAAUAUGUUACAGGCUCUUCUGGGUACACCAGGCGACAUCCUACCUUCAGUACCCGAUGACGUUGUACUAUCAACGGACACAUCGCCAGCUGUUCUUUAUCAUGUGUGUGCCGAUACAGGAAAACUCAUAAUUACCGAAAUAGGAUAUGCACCACUUGAACAAGACCAGCUGGACAGUGGCGAUUCUUACAUUUUGGACAAUGGAUCUCAAGGAAAAAUUUUUGUUUGGAAAGGCAAAGGAGCAAGUAGAGAGGAGCGACUCGGAGCUUUGGAAUAUGCCAACAAAUUCAUCGAGAGAAAAAAUUAUACCGAAAGUACUGGGAUUGAAAUAAUGGCGGAAGGAGCUGAAACAAUUUUGUUCAAGCAAUUUUUUUCGUCUUGGAGAAAUAAAGAUGAAACUGUCGGUUUCGGAAAAAUUUACGCUGCCAACAAGAUUGCAAAAAUAGAACAGAUCAAGUUUGACAUGAAAUCAUUGAAUGACUCAAAGUUAGCGGCAAAGUAUAGAAUGGUUGAUGACGGCUCCGGAAAGCUUGAAAUCUGGCGUGUCGAAGAUGGUUUUCAAUCUGUAGAUCCGUCAAUGUAUGGAGUAUUCUAUGACAACCAUUGCUACAUAAUGUUGUACACAUACAAACCGUCUAGAAGAGAAGAAUAUAUUAUUUAUUUCUGGCAGGGAAGGCAGGCGCCCAUCCAGAAGGUCACAGUAUCGUCAUUUCUAGCUGUUGAGCUUUGUCGAAAAUAUCGCGAUAGACCCGUCCAGGUUCGAGUGAUUCAAGGUAAAGAACCUCCGCAUCUACUAAGCCUAUUUGGAGGAAAGCCUAUGAUCAUUGUAUCGGGAAACGAAAAGAUAUCAAACUUUAUAUCAGGAAUUGACGACGUGGCAUUCUUACAGAUAUUUUGCACCGCCACUGGAGGGCGUGCUAUCCAAGUAUCAACUUCUGCUGGUUCUCUAAAUUCAAACGAUGCGUUCGUAUUAAAAACAAGAUCUUCUUGCUAUAUUUGGGUUGGAUUGGGUGCCUCUAAUGAUGAAAUUGAUGGUGCGAAAUUUGUUGCAGAUAAACUGUGCAUUCAUACACCAGUAGUUCGCAAAGAAGGCAAAGAAAGUCCCGGUUUUUGGUAUUGGCUUGGUGGAAAACAAGAAUACGCUAACCAUCCAAGGCUUCAUGAGGAUCUAAAUGAGAAUCCACCAAGAUUAUUUGGAAUAUCAGAUGCAUCAGGUCGACUGGUCGUUGAUGAGGUUCCAGGUGAUUUCACACAAGCUGACUUAUGUGAAGAUGACGUCAUGAUGUUGGAUGUUUGGGAUCAAAUUUUUAUUUGGAUUGGAAAUGGUGCAAAUUCACAAGAAAGAAAAGAGGCUCCAAAACUUGCGGAAGAUUAUAUUAAAUCCGAUCCGAGAAAACGAGAUGCAAGAACAUCUAUUAUCACAAUAACACAGGGAAAUGAACCUUUGUCUUUCACUGGAUUUCUCCCUACUUGGGACCCAAAAUUUGUUUAUAGCAAAACUCUUUAGAGCAACUAUUGCUCGAAAAAUCCAAUAAGCCAACACAGCAUUUUCAAGUGCUUGCUAUGAAGUCAAAAUAAAUAAGAAUCUUAUAGGGAUUGCAGUGCGAGACCUACGCCAUUCUGCGCUCAACCCAACUAACGUAAUAGAUAUCGGUGUCUGUCGAUCUGAAAGCGAUUAUUUCCUUUAUAGAAUAAUAAGUAUAUUUCCUAUUGAUAUGGCCAAUACUACAUAAUAUAUAUAUAUACAUACACACUUUCAUUUUAAAUUUCAGCCGUUGGAAUUCAAAAGAACAAUAAAUUUUUAAAUUAUUCGAUUCUCUAAUGACCUUGACGUUUUCAUCCGAUAUUGGGUUCAUAUCAAAAAUGAUUAGCUGGCAGCCAAAUAUUAGGCCUUUUCAACACUCAAAAUAUUGCAAUACCAUGAAUAUUUGCAAUUUGUUUUUGUAAUAUUACCAAACAAUUAAUUUGGAUUAAUAUUACAAAACUUGCAUUUUGGUUACGUUUGGUGAGAAUUGGUUUCAUUUUUACACCCUAUGGUCAGCAUCGAACUAUUGAAUUUAUCUAAUCCAGUACUCUAUAUCGAAAACUGAUACCACUUUGCUAUAGUUACUUUUAGCAACCGACAUUUGAUUGGUACCGGUACAAUUUGUAAAUAAAAAUAUAAUAUUUCUUCCACGUUUAUUAAACAAUAAAUAAAAUGUACGUCGAUAUAUAUUA